AACUGAGUAAGUUACCCCGGAAACGAGGGAAACUCUGAGUUAUCCGUUCCAGAAAGAGAGGUAACCUAAACUCUGGGUCAGUUACAGGUCUACAUAAGGACAUCCAAUCAAGUAGAAUAAGGACGCAGCUGAAGCGGUCCAGUAUUUUGAGGAUGGCUGGUGUGGAAAUGGUGGACCGAGAUGGACUCGGGGAGACCUUCGUUCUCCGGGCUGCCAGGAUAGCAGCUGUAGUAGCGCUGUACUGGUUCAUCUCCAUAACAAUGGUGUUCCUCAAUAAUCACCUACUGGACAACCGCGACCUGGACGCUCCUCUGUUUGUGACAUUCUUCCAGUGUGUUGUGACUGUGGGGCUCUGCUGUGUGAUGCAGUUGUUGUCCUCCGUGUGGCCGUCAUUGAUCGACUUCCCGUCGGUCAAAUUUGACAUAAAGACGUCCCGCGAAGUUCUGCCCCUGUCGGUGGUCUUUAUCAGUAUGAUAACCUUUAACAACCUGUGCCUAAAACAUGUUGGAGUGGCCUUUUACACCGUGGGACGUUCUCUAAGCACUGUAUUUAAUGUCUUGCUGUCAUAUGUGAUACUGCAACAGGCAACUUCCUUCAAAGCCAUGUGGUGCUGUGCGAUCAUUCUUGGUGGAUUCUGGCUUGGUGUAGACCAGGAAGGCCUGGCAGGCUCCCUCUCCUGGUCAGGUGUCUUUUUUGGUGUGGUCGCCAGUGCCUGUGUGUCUCUCAAUGCGAUACUCACAAAGAAGGUGAUGCCUGCGGUGGACGGAAACAUCUGGAAACUAUCCUACUAUAACAAUAUCAAUGCGUGCGUCCUCUUUCUCCCACUCAUUCUUGUGUUUGGAGAAGUGGGACGCAUCGCCAGCUUCAACAGCCUCACUGAUAUGUGGUUCUGGGGCAUGAUGACACUUGGAGGAGUGUUUGGGUUUGCCAUCGGUUAUGUCACAGGACUGCAGAUCAAGUAUACCAGUCCGCUGACACACAAUGUCUCAGGGACCGCCAAAGCUUGUGCUCAGACUGUCAUUGCAGUGAUGUACAACUCUUCCAGUAAAAGCCUUCUGUGGUGGACCAGUAACAUGUUGGUUCUAGGCGGUUCCUCAGCCUAUACAUGGGUCAAGGGCAGAGAAAUGAAGAAAACUCCUUGCAAUUCUCAGAAUUUCACCAAAGAAAAAUUGACACUUGGGGAGAAAGGAAACACAGGCGUAUAGUGCACCUCUAUUAGUGGGGGCAUUUUAAAUGAAUCCUAGAAUUUGUCAUUUUUUUGUCUGCUUUAGAUUAUUUUUACAAAUGACGUGAAAUGCGCCUCUAGUCUUUCAGGGUUUAAUGAUUCAGUGGGUUUCUAAUUUCAUGUCACUUUGUGUAAUAGAGUGAACUUUUUAUGCCUUUGUAUUCCGUGCUAUUAGUGUUACCUUGACAUGCACGUUUAAUUCAAUCCAGACUGAUUUUAUAAGUUUAUUUAUGCUUCACUUUACAAAGCAACACAAUUGAUUGAGCGAUGGUUCUUAUUUGAAAAUCAAAUCCUCAUUUACGCCACUGUAUAUACAUGUAAGUCAAAGUAGAACAUUUUUUGUAUUUGUUUGUUUCAAAGACUGACUCAAGUCAUAACGUGUAUGCCACUGCCAGGGGGUAAAAACGUAUUUCAUAAACAUGCAAAAUAUUUUCAAC